CUUCAAUUUACACAUUUACCCUUUCCUUUUGAAUAAUACUUCUUCUUCUUCUCCUCCUCUUCCCCUUCUUCUCUAUAUAUACAACUCCAUUGCCAAACCAUCAUCUCCAAUACAAGAACCAAAAUUACCUAAAAAUGGGUUCCCUCCCCCAUAUAGUAGAAGACUGCAUGGGUGUCCUCCAACUCUUCAGUGAUGGCACCAUUUUCAGGUCCAAAAACAUUGAUUUCAAUCUACCAAUCAUCGAUGACACCUCCAUCCUCUUUAGAGACUAUCUCUUCGACAAAACUCAUAACCUUCAUCUCCGUCUUUACAAACCCAUGUCGAUAUCACCCUCAAACUAUAAACUUCCCAUCUUGUUUUUCAUUCAUGGCGGUGGUUUUUGCGUAGGCUCUCGCUUGUGGCCUAACUGUCACAACUGCUGUCUGCGGCUAGCUUCUGGGCUCAACGCUCUUGUUGUCGCUCCAGACUACCGUUUGGCGCCAGAGCAUAGGCUACCGGCAGCGCUGGAGGAUGGAAUUAGUGCCAUGCAGUGGCUGCAAGCUCAGGCUUUGAGGAGUGAAAAUGGUGGAGAUGCAUGGCUUAGUAGUGGUGAAGUUAACUUUGAGCAGGUUUUUGUUAUGGGUGACUCCUCUGGUGGUAAUAUUGCACACCACUUAGCGGUUCGGUUUGGUGCUGGUUCGAAUGGGUUGGCCCCGGUUCGAGUACGAGGUUAUAUCCUACUGGCGCCAUUUUUUGGUGGACUUGCUAGGACAAAGUCAGAGGAAGGCCCUAGUGAACAUUUGCUGAAUCUAGAGAUUCUUGACAGAUUUUGGAGGCUUUCUAUGCCUGUUGGAGAAAAUAGAGAUCACCCAUUGGCGAACCCAUUUGGACCAGCUAGCUUGAAUCUUGAACCAGUUGCUCUUGAUCCCAUCUUGGUGUUGGUGGGUAGCGAUGAACUGUUGAAAGAUAGGGUAGAGGAGUAUGCAAAAAGGUUAAAAGAAAUGGGAAAGAAAAUUAAGUACAUUGAAUUUGAAGGAAAGCAGCAUGGUUUCUUCAAUAAUAAUCCUUACUCUGAAUCUGCAGAUGAAGUUAUUGAACUCAUCAAGAAGUUCAUGCUUGAGAACUCUGCUUAAAUGUAUCCAUUCUAUUUCACAUAUAUAUUAUACCAAGUUGGUAAAAAUCUAUCUACUAUUAGCUGUUGCUCAA